AUGAUUAGGAUCAUUUCACUCAUUUUAGUAUUAUUUAUAUCAACUAGUUAUGCUGGAUGGGGAUUUGGUGAUUUAUUUGGUUGGGGUAGACAAGAAGAUGAAAUACAGGUAAUUAGACCAAUAAGAGAACACAAGAAUGUAUUUUGCCAAUUACGAGACUCUUUAAUUGGAUGUGAAAGAGACAAGGAGUGUCAAUGGGUACCAUUGAAAUCAUGUUGUUCGAGUUGUGCGACAAAAGGUGUUUGUGUCAACAUUCAUCAUGUCAAUCGCAGUUGUCCACAUGAACCAAAAAGUGUUUGUGUCACUGACCUUGUUCGUGAUAGACAAGCCUUUCAAUUGGUAUCCACUAACCCUAUAGACCUCGAGCCAUACGGUCUAACAGAGGUCGUUCCAAGUAAAAUGUCAUGUUGCGAUUUGAAAUGUGAAUCUCAAGGAAAGAUUUGUGGACUUGGACAAACCACUAAAUGUCUUGAUCCCACCAACCCAUGUUGUCGUAUGUCGGCAGUCUGUAUCGACGAUCCAAAAUACACAACCAUCGCAUCGACCGUCGCAAGUACCACUUGUUCAUCAAUAGGUACUACCACUGCAACUACAACUGCUUCAACCGUUGCAUCUACAACUGAAGCUGAAACUAUGUUCUCAUCGAUUGCAGUCACUACAAUUGGUCAAGUUUCAACUGCAUCGACCACUGCAUUUAUUACAAAUGUGCAAUCAACUAUUGCUAGUACUGUAGCAUCUACAACCGCAUCGACUAUUGUUUCUACCAUUGGGUUGAUUGAUACUGGUUAUUCUAUUGGCAUUGUCACCACCACUGCUUCAACUAUUGCCAGUACAACAGCAUCAACGACUGGAUCUACAAUUGCUUCAACUACUGCCAGUACAACCGCAUCAACCACUGCAACAACUACUGCUAGUACAACAGCUAGAACAACUUCCGCUGCCACUGCGUCAGCCACCACAACAUCAACUCCAACUACUACCACUGCUACCACCACCACUGCAGCCACAACAACGUCAACUCCAACUACUACCACGGCACCAGCCACAACAACAUCAACUCCAACUACUACCACUACUACCACGGCACCAGCCACAACAACGUCAACUCCAACUACUACCACGGCACCAGCCACAACAACAUCAACUCCAACUACUACCACUACUACCACGGCACCAGCCACAACAACGUCAACUCCAACUACUACCACCACCACUGCAUUCAUUACAACGUCAACUCCAACUACAACAACGACUACAACUACUACCACGGCACCAGCCACAACAACGUCAACUCCAACUACUACCACGGCACCAGCCACAACAACAUCAACUCCAACUACUACCACUACUACCACGGCACCAGCCACAACAACGUCAACUCCCACGGCACCAGCCACAACAACAUCGACUCCAACUACUACCACUGCUACCACCACCACUGCAGCCACAACAACAUCAACUCCAACUACUACUACAACAACAGGAUCAAUCCCAUCAACCAGUGCUAGUACCACUGCUACCACGGCACCAGCCACAACCACAUCCACUCCAACUACAACAGCUUCUACUACAGCUACUACCCUUGCCUCAACGAUUGCUACUGGUAACAAUGGUAUUGUAACUACUACAGCUACUACAACAGCAUCUACCACAGCUACUACCCUUGCCUCAACGAUUGCUACUGGUAACAAUGGUAUUGUAACUACUACAGCUACUACAACAGCUACGACCCUAGCUACGACUAUUGCCGAUUUAUCAUCCGGUAUACCUCUUACAACUUUGUAUUUAACGACUGAUUUUAUUGAUACUACAAUUGGAAAUGGUGUUACGAUUUCCUCGACGAUAACAACAACGGCAACGACCACUGCAACAAGUAUAGCCUCUACAACAGUUACAACAUCUCCACCAUCAACUACGGCUGCGCCAACAACUACUACUGCACCAACCACUGGAACUGCAAGUGCUACGACAACUGGUGGUACUACAAGUGUAAGUGCAUCAACUACAGCUAGUACAAUUGCCACAACAAUAGCUUCAACAUCUGCUACGACUACUGCUUCAACCACGGCUACUACAGCGACUACAACUGCUAGUACUACCGCCUCUACUAUUGCUACGACUAUUGCAUCAACCUCUGCUACAACAACAGCUUCAACAACAACAACAACUGGUGCAACUACAACUGGUGCAACUACAGCAAGUGCAACUACUACAGCCAGUACUACAGCGACGACUGCUACCACAACAACUGGUGUCACUACAACUGGUGCAACUACAGCAAGUGCAACUACUACAGCAACAACUACAGCAACAACUACAGCAGUCAGUACAACAGGAGUAACAACUGGUAAUACCAAUUCAUCCAAUUUCUGUGGAUCUCAAACAACUGAAGGUGAUUGUAAUGGUUACAAUCCAAUGUGUGAAUGGCUUAAUUUCCCAUGUUGUUGUGGAUACACUAUUGAUGUUUGUGUCUACAAUCCACAGUAUGAAACCGAUCCGAUUUGUCGUACUGAUCUUCAUUGUGAAAUCGAUCCACGAACCAAUCAAAUUUGUGAAUUCUGGACCCAUUGUACUCCAGGUUGGGAGAUUUACGAGAUCCCUAGAAAGACAUGUGCCGAACUAGGAUGUGAAGCUCAAGGAUUAAUCUGUGAAUGGAGACAGACAGUUCCUUGUCUUGGUACAAGAUGUUGCUCUCAACAUCCAGUCUGUGUUGAUGACUAUGGCGGACCUAUUAUCACUGAAUAUGGUGAUGAUAUGGAUAAAUACAAGCCAUAUGCCGACACGACCACUGGUGCUCGCGAUCGGUCUGGCCAUGUCGAUCCAACCCCCUUCCCAAUUGCUCCACGGGACUAUCUCAUGCCCGUUCUCGAUGAAAUACCAUGCGAGCAACUAUUCACACAGUCAAGUUGCGAAUUCAAGAGACCACUUUGUGAAUGGCAGACGUAUCAAGGUUGUUGCGGCAUCGAAUCACGAUCAGUGUGUGUCCAUAACCCAGACCCAUGGAAAUAUUGCUCCAAUACAACUAGUUGUAUGAAGUAUAGUGCUACUGGACAGAUCUUCGAGAUAGAUUCUGGAAACUGUCGUCCACAAACGGGUUGGGAGGAAUUCACUCCAUUUGUUGGUAACUGUAGUUCGCUUGAAUGCGAUAAAUUGGGGAUGCGAUGUGUACAAACUCUGGUCACUGAUUGUUCUGGGACUUCGUGUUGUCAACCAUCACCUAUUUGUGCACCAUACGACAAUACCAAAUCCAUCUGUGAAAUAGAGUCUGGCAUCAGUAUCAAUCAUCAUCAUGACAAUCAUCUCAAACCUCCUUACCAUGAUCCCAACCACCAUGAUAACCAUCAUUAUGGACAUAUCUGUCACCAAGAACAUACAUGUGAACAUGUCCUAUGUCCAAAGAACACAGCCUGUCAUCAUAUUGGAGGUCACUCUACCUGUGUCCCAAUCAAACCACAUCACGUUGAUGAUAUUUGUUCAAAGGUUUAUUGUCCAACCGGCACCAAUUGUCAUCUCACAGAAGAUGGAUAUCCAAUAUGUCUCGACUAUGACAAGGAACUUGAUCACCAUCACCACACCUCCACAGCAUGUGAUCCAACAUGUCCAAAUAAUAUGAAUUGUAUCAUUGUAAAUAACAAACCUCAAUAUUCACCUAAAAAAUUCAUAGAGGAGAUACAAACCUCCAACCCUCAAAGACACAAACAAUAA